UUAUCAAGAUCCACAAGGUGGUCUCAGCAUCCAGACAUGACACUUCACAUGGCAAAAUGCAUAAGGGAUUUGUACUGCCAAGAGCAUGCUGAAAUAAAAAAUUGUCAACAAGAUGUUCAAAUUUUUGCCACAGACAUCUGGAAAUCUUUGAACUACAGACCAGUGCAGAGGAUGUACAACCCUAGUAUUGACCUGAAUCAUGAAGGGAAGCAAUCCUGGGAUCCUUUCAUGGAAAGCCUUCAGCUUCUUUUACCAGUGAUCUCUCACCACCACAGAUUCCAACAUUCCCCAAGCCUCUCCAGCACAGAGUUCAUGCUUUUUGGGGACUUCAAAGAUAUGGAGAGCACUUAUUUGCUACACACCAGCAUACAGUCAGCAAAACUGACCAUCAUCCAAGGCCACAUCAAAGCCCAAAGAGUCAACAGAAAAGGAAGCACAGAGUUCAACCUCCAAAUUGGGACCAACCACACCACAAUGCACAUGGGGCAACAAACCUUCAUCCAAGUGACAUCCCCAACAGCCAUUUUUGGCAUCACUACCUACAAGUCACCACCUCCUGAACAAACAGAUUCACAGGACCAGGUUUCAGGUUGGGCAAAGCUGUGGGAAAACUACCUCAGUGCCAUGGACUUGUUGGCAAGGGCUGUGGAUCACAUCUUCUAUGGACUCAACUUUGAGGGAGACAUUGAGAAGAUCAGAAAAAUUGUAUUCAAAAGACACUUCUUUGAGCUGCACUGA